AAUUAAAAUACCAUUUCCGAAGAUUUUGGUUGUUUGGAAAAGUAAUAAAGCAAUAAAUAAGAUUUGAUGAAUGCGUCAUUGCCCGCGUAAGGUGUUUCUCUUGUUUUCUUUUUCAUGAAGUAAUAACAGUCAAAACCCAAUUUCACUCUUAUUCCUCCAACUUGUAGUAAUCAUUUCCGAUUUGUAAUCACUACUAACAGUUAGUUAUUAUUAGUUGAUUUGUUAGUUUGUUAGUAAUUAAUUGAAUUCUAUGAACGCAAUUCGAUCCCGUUGGUUAGCAAGAAUGGCAGCAGAAGAAAGUGCAAAAACCAGCGUCCAAUCUCGUGGUGGUUUCUGGCCUUUUCUCCUUCGUUGGGUUCCCACUUCCACCGACCACAUCAUCAAUUCCGAGAACCGCCUUCUUUCUCUUCUCAAGACUCCAUAUGUUCAAGAAAAAGUUAAUAUAGGCUCUGGUCCACCUGAUUCAAAAGUGAGGUGGUUCCGUUCAUCUAGCAAUGAGCCACGGUUUAUUAACACCGUUACUUUUGAUGCUAAAGAUGAUUCUCCUACGCUGGUGAUGGUUCAUGGUUAUGCAGCAUCACAAGGUUUCUUCUUUCGUAAUUUUGAUGCUCUUGCCUCGCGUUUUAGGGUCAUCGCUAUUGAUCAACUUGGUUGGGGUGGAUCUAGCAGGCCAGACUUUACAUGCAAAAGCACUGAAGAAACCGAGGCUUGGUUCAUUGAUUCUCUUGAGGAAUGGAGGAAAGCCAAAAACCUGGGCAAAUUUAUUCUGCUUGGGCAUUCUUUUGGUGGUUAUAUUGCUUCCAAAUAUGCACUUAAGCACCCAGAGCAUGUACAACACUUGGUUUUGGUGGGAUCUGCUGGAUUUUCGUCAGAAACAGAGAGGAUUACAAAGUUCUUAUCAACAUGGAAGGGAUCAAUCCUGAACCAAAUAUGGGAAUCCAAUUUGACACCUCAGAAAAUUAUCAGAGGUUUAGGUCCUUGGGGUCCUGAUUUAGUCCGCAAGUAUACUAGUGCUAGGUUUGUCAAAUACUCAACUGGAGAACUGUUGACAGAAUCUGAAUCGAAUUUACUUACAGAUUAUGUUUAUCAUACGUUAGCAGCCAAAGCUAGUGGCGAGCUGUGCUUAAAAUAUAUUUUUUCAUUUGGAGCAUUUGCCAGAUCACCUCUUCUACACAGUGCCCCAGAGUGGAAAGUGCCCACCACUUUCAUAUAUGGUUUCGAUGACUGGAUGAAUUACGAAGGGGCCCAAGAAGCUCGCAAGCAUAUGAAGGUUCCAUGCGAUAUUAUUCGGGUUCCACAGUCCGGGCAUUUUGUGUUCAUUGAAAACCCAUCUGCCUUCCAUUCAGCUGUGUUUUAUGCUUGUCGAAGGUUUCUUAGUCUCGAUCCCGACAGUGAAUCCCUUCCCGAAGGGCUAACCUCUGCAUAGAAUAAACUUUUGUGUAGUGUUGUUGUUUAUAAAAAUAUUUAUCUCAUUCUUUUCAAAUAAAAUUCUAUAAUUUAAUCAAGUCUUGUUCUAGUCUUGCUAAAUGGAAUUCACGGUUGUAAGAGCAAUUGAAAGAACAAAACUUGUAAUAUAGAUGUAUCGUCUUUAUUAUAUAUAUUUUUUGGAAAGAUUGGACUCGCAUUUGGAUUAUGAAAUAUAUGUAAACAGCGGCUGUAUCAUUUAAAUAUGUAAUUGUUUUGGUGUAUUUGGAGAGCAUAA